GACUAACGUACCAUGGUAAUGUUAAUGUGAGUUAGCUCCUUUACACAGAAAACCAUGAGCUGUUGUGUACAUAAGCUAUCGAUUAAUGUAAUCAGAAAAAGGGUCAAAAUGGCAGAGCUAACAACACUAGAGAGCCUGAUGGAGAUGGGCUUCGACAGAAACAGAGCGGAAAAGGCCGUAGCCAACACAGGGAACCAGGGAAUAGAACAAGCCAUGGACUGGUUAAUGGAACACGAGAACGACCCAGACAUUGAUGAGCCCUACGUGCCGUCUGUAGGGAACGUGGUGGGAGGAGCAGCAGACAGCCAGUCCACCACAGACCAGCCGUCAGUAGCAGACACCGCUGAAGGGACCGCAGGUGGAGACGUCAGCUUGGAUGUUGAGGACAAUUCGUCAAAGGUGCCAAUGUCAGAGGAGGAGAGACUUGAGCAAGUUAGAAGGCUAGAGGAGCUGAUGCGGGUGAAGCAGGCGGAGAGACGAGAGCGGGAGCGGGCAGAAGAGCUGGAGCGGGAGAAGCAGCGGAGGAAAGCCGGCCAAGAGCUGCAGCAUAUUCGCCAAAAGCUGCAGGAUGAUGAUAUGAAAAAACUCAGUGAUCAGCGCAGGAAAGAGAAGAUGGAGGACAAAAUGGCAAGGCAAAGGGUUAAAGAUAAGAUUGCACGAGACAGAGAAGAGAGAGCCCAAAAGUUUGGAGGUGUUGCACCCGUGAGCACGGCGACAUCGUCCCAACCCGCCCAGCCCAGCCCCUCGUCUCCCACCAGUCUCGGCCCUCCACCCACUAAGAAGGAGUAUGACGAGUCCAGGAUACAGGUACGCCUGCUGGACGGCUCGACCAUCACGGCAGUAUUCAAAGCUCAGGAGCCGCUGGCCGCAGUGCGUGUCUACGUGCAGGUGAACGGCAACACACCGGAGGGUCAGGACUUCACGCUGCUGUCCCCCUACCCCCGCAACGAAUACACCGAACUGGACAUGGAGAAGCCCCUCAAAGAACUGGGUCUGGUGCCUUCAGCUGUGCUGGUUGUUAUCAAGAAGUGAGAUCAGGAGGAUCCGCUCUGUGAGCCUACCUCACCACUUCACCACAGCAAGACAGGAGACACAGGAAGCAGAUUGAACCGGGAACGGAGCCUCCACCUUUUUAGUAUCACUCAGCAAGCCAGCUAACUGAACUGAGGCAGAGGAAGCUGUGUGUAACUACCUUAACAGUUUACAGUGGAAAACACUUUGGCUUUAACUCACUGACCGAUGCCCUUUGCCAUUCUGGGCUGAUAGAUUGUUUUGUGUGCAAUGACUUAUGGAGUUUGAAUUAAAAAACAAAGUGAAGAUAGCUGGCUUCUGACGGAUACAUUUAUAUAAAGUAUACAGAAUCGUGAAAUUUUAACCUGAUCCUUACAAAGCAAAGUACCACAGAGACCUACCCGAUCGCUUCUGAAAGGGCCUUACAUUUUAUCUCUUGAUCUUCCUGAUUUUGUCACGCUCUACUUUGCCUUUUUUUUUUAAUAUAAGUUAAAAUGUAUGGACAGUUAUGUCUGCAUCAUCACUGAGAAUCUACUUAAAUAAAGCUGACUCUGAGAA